AUCAUCAUCAUCAUCAUUGUCAAUGAACACAUCACCAAACAUUUAUAACGAUAAUAACAACCAUUAAAAUCAUAAUCCCAUUAAAAAUGAAUAUCGCAGAGGUGUCCGUGGCCGACGAGGAGCGAGCGGAGUUCCUGAAGCAGCUAGCCACGCUGAGGGGAGAGGCUGGGAACUUCCUCGAGAUGCUGAGCGAGACGAGGAACCGCUUCCGGAGGCUGGGAGGACCCGACUCGGCCACCGACACGAGGGCGAAGGCGUACAGGGCGGUGGUGCGCGAUCUCUCCCGUGUGCUGACGCUGCUCAACCGGCGCGAGGAGCACAUCGUCACGGUUCCCGGGGACUGGCAGCGGCUGCUGUCGUGGGCCGCGAGAGUGCUGGCCCGAUACAAGCGGCAGAAGGCAGCUAAGGAGGCGGGAGACAUCACAACGCUCGAGCCCCUGGCCACCGGAACCUUGUACCAGACCCGGCGUCAGGCCCAGGCGGAGCGGUGUCGCUUGGUGGCGCUGGGGGGACAGUGCUCAGCCCCCUUCCAGGACCCCUCCACGCCCAGAGUCACUGAGGUCCAUCCCCCUGCGUAUAGAGAAACAACUCCAUGCAGCCAGCUUAGCUCUCGGUCGGCAUCGCUGAUGAGUCUGACCCACAUCCUCGAGGAAGAGGAGGAAUACGAAGCGGCAGAUAACCAUGACGAUGUUUUGUUCUCGGAGAACGAGGAGCAAGAGCAGGAGGACGUAAAAUUAACCCCUACCGAGAAGGUCGACCUUACUGUUGCCGACAAGGGCCUGGGGAAGCAGGACUCGUCCGAAGUGAAUUAUGGCGUCGUCAACGAGAAACUGCUGAACGAAUCGAAGUUCGUGAAGGAAAACAACAACAACAUCACAAAAAAUCUCAGCGACCUUACCAACAACAUUGUCAACAUUGAGAACUUUCGACCUCCUUCCAACGUCUCUGAAAAUAUAAACAACCUGAAGAACCUCGAGCACCUACGCGAGAUGGCACCCGUGUUCAUCCAGACCAAAGAAAACAUCGCUCAGGAUCAAGAGAAGAAACACACCUUCAACAACAACGAAAUCCUGACGAAGGAAAUUAUAUAUAUGAAGGCAUCUUCUAUACGUUUUAGUAGUAGCAGCAGUACUGUUUCCAACUUGCAGGAUCGACACCAGUUAACAGGUUUUGAUUCCACUUGA